AUGAAGCGUCGUCGUUGUAGAACUUUCAGCACCAGUGACAGUUCAGAUGGCAGUGCUUCUACUUCUUUUAUUGGCUCAAGGUCUAGGAACAAGUCAAAAGUUCCAAAUGCACACGAGAGAUCUGCGGAGGUGUUCCGGAAGGAUCUCAUCAGUGCCAUGAAGGUGUCGGAUUCUCAAUACAUUGAUCCUGACAGCUAUUACCUCUUUACUGAUACAUGGAAGGAAGAAUGGGAGAAGGGAGUCCAGGUGCCAGCCAAUCCGGACACACUCCCGCAGCCAACCCUCAGGAUUAUCGCCGAUAAGGUCAAGGAUGUUCUAUUUACCCGGCCCCGGAAGUACAUCCAUUGCUCCAACCCGGACGACUCAGAGCUGGGCUACGUGAACAUCAGGGAGCAGGCGGCGGCCGUGUGCCGAUACGACCUGGACGACAUGGACAUAUUCUGGCUGCAGUCCCUCAAUGAAGAACUCGAGCAGAUGGGAUGUGAGCAAAUUGAUGAAAACCUGAUGGAGAAGGCAGUCGAAGUCCUAGAACGUCAGUGCCAUGAAAACAUGAAACAUGCUAUCGCCACGGAGGAAGGGCUAGGCAUAGAGUAUGACGAAAAUGUGAUCUGUGACGUGUGCCGGUCUCCUGACAGUGAAGACGGGAAUGACAUGGUGUUCUGUGACAAGUGUAACAUCUGUGUGCACCAGGCUUGCUACGGCAUCCUCAAGGUGCCAGAAGGCAGCUGGCUGUGCCGCGCCUGUGUCGUGGGCGUGCCUGCGCAAUGCAUAUUUUGCCCAAAGAAAGGUGGAGCCAUGAAGUCCACCAAGACGGGGACUAAGUGGGCUCAUGUCAGCUGUGCCCUGUGGAUUCCGGAGGUCAGCAUUGGCUGCCCUGAACGGAUGGAACCGAUCACAAAGAUCUCCCACAUCCCACCCAGCCGCUGGGGCUUAGUCUGUUACUUAUGCAAAGUGAAGACAGGAGCGUGCAUUCAGUGCUCCGUGAAGACAUGCAUCACCGCCUUCCACGUCACCUGCGCCUUCGAGCACAACCUGGAGAUGAAGACCAUCCUGGGCGAGGACGACGAAGUGAGAUUCAGGUCGUUCUGCCUCAAGCACAGCCAGAGCCAGCAGAAGCCCAGCGACGCCCAGUCCCCCCUCUGCUGGGCCGAGGAGCAGGGCCAGGCCCCGAGCGAGAAGACCAGCGCGCGCGCGCAGAAGCUGCAGGAGCUGGAGGAGGAGUUCUAUAACCUGGUCAAGGUGUCGGACGUGGCCACGGAGCUGGGCAUGCCCACCCUCACGGUGGACCUGAUCUACAACUACUGGAAGCUGAAACGCAAGAGCAACUUCAAUAAGCCGCUCUUUCCGCCGAAGGAGGAUGAGGAGAAGGGCUUACCGCAGCCGAAGGCGGAGAAUAUGCAGUCGCGCAUGAGCAUGUUCAUGCACCUGCGGCAGGACCUGGAGCGGGUCCGCAAUCUGUGCUACAUGAUAACCAGACGAGAGAAGCUGAAGCUGUCACAAAACAAAACACAAGAGCAGAUCUUCGGCUUACAAGUCCAGAUGCUUAACGAGGAAGCAGCCGAAGGAUCUCCUUUGAAAAAUGCACUAGAAACCUCAUUGUUUUACCCACCACCGAGAAUUACCUUAAAGUUAAAAAUGCCCAGAUCAGCCCCGGAAGACUGCCGAAACAGCUCCGCAGAGACUGAUCAUGGACCCCUCUCUCCUGCCAGCAGCUCCCCUGCCCACAGCCUGGGGAGCGCGCCAGUGCCUCCGGAGUCACUAGAGAUGAGAGUGGAAUCCCACCCGAGGCACGCAGUAGAGAGCAGCAACCAGUGUUUGCCGAGCAGUCUGGGCCUUGCUAGGGGCGAAUCAGAGGAUCCCAGUCCGGCCUGGACGGCUUCCUCUCCAGAGGCCUACCAGGGGCAGUCACUGGGGAAGCCCCUGGUCCUCCAAGCUGCCCUGCAUGGACAGUCCCUAAUGGGAAAUGGGGAAAAGCACUCGCACGAAUCAGAGGAUUCCAGUCCGGCCUGGACGGCUCCCUCUCCAGAGGCCUACCAGGGGCAGUCACUGGGGAAGCCCCUGGUCCUCCAAGCUGCCCUGCAUGGACAGUCCCUAAUGGGAAAUGGGGAAAAGCACUCGCACUCCAUGCUUGCCAAAGCCAAUGGCCUGGAGAGCAGCUGGUCCGGGGAUAGCUCCCCGAAAGACAGCUCCAGUGAGAUGUCAUGUGGCCAGGAGGCCGAGCUCAGCCCCCACCUGGCCAGUCAGGGCAGCUUCCGGAAACCUCCCGCGGAACACUUCCGCCAGUCCCCUAAGGAGUCCGCCACCUGGUGGGUGCGGACCGCGGACGGCCUCCAGAGCCGCGGGAAGCCCCCCAAGAGUGCUAGCCCCCGGGAGCAGGCCCGGGGCAAGCUGCUGGCCCGGCGCUCCGCAGAGAGGGCUCCCGAUCAGGAAAACGAUGGGUACUGCCCAGACCUGGAGCUGAGCGAUUCAGAAGCAGAAGGUGACGGGGAUAAAGAGAAGGUCAGGGUCAAGAGAGAGGGCUCAGGCAGGGAGAAGCAGCCCCGCGACGCUAAGCGGGAUUGCCGUGGGAAAAGGAAGAAGCUACACCCCUUCUCCCACAGCUCAUCGCACAGGUGA